AUGGCACAAAUAGCAAGAUACGAUCUCAGCCGAGGCUGCCACGUGCUGAUAUUUAAUCAUAAAAAGUUCAAGAACGAACUCAACGAACGAAAAGGCAGUGAAAAAGAUCUGGAACUGUUGAAAAUUUUUUUUAAUAACUAUCAGGUCAAUGAACUAGAAAUUUAUUCGGAUUUCAGUGUUGAACAAGUGAAGACCAAAAUGGCCGAAAUCGAGAAAAAGGACUUCAAGGAAUGCUCUUGCUUGAUUGUGAUUAUUAUGAGUCACGGAGGCUUAGGCGACACCAUAAUGGCUUCCGACGAACAAUCAUAUAAUUUAGAAACGGAUAUUGUGGAUCGUGUGCUCGACAACUCUACUUUGAAGGACAAGCCAAAGUUGUUCUUCAUACAAGCGUGUAGAGGAAAUGCUCUUAUGGAGACGGACAGUUUUCCGUCAGUCUCAAACAAAAACGAUAUAUGGAAAUUGCACUCUACGUACGAAGGGACAGUCUCUUUUCGAGACAUAGAACGUGGUACGUGUUUUGUACAAACUCUUUUUGACUUCAUAGAAACCAACAACGAUAAAAGCUUGCACGAAAUAUCUUUACUGUUACGAGCUGAAUUUAAAAAUCACGAGUAA